GCAUCCUGGGCAGGUGCUCGGGAACCUUCUCUCCGCCCGCCUGCUUGGGGUGGGGGACAGUGGCCAUCCUUCCACACAGCUCAGCCCAGUUGUAGGGUGAAGGGCUGGGCCAGCCAGGGCUGAGGAAGGGGAGCCAGAACGAGGCUUUUUAAACACUUGAAGCCAAGGAAAUCGCAGCAUCGCUGGACAGAGAAAAUGAAAGACUUUGGAAGUCGCCAGGAAUUCAACUCUGCGAGUUGGUUUCCGAGAGCCUAAGUUAAGCAUCUCCAAGUGGAUAUUAAAAAGAAGCAGCGAGACGAAGGGCGGCAGGGGCUGAAAGGGGAGGAGAAAGGAGCCCGCGCUGCCGGAAGCUGCACGCUGGACCACUGAAGCCACCGCACGGAGGGCUGGGCCGUCCUCGCGAGCAGGGAGCACUCAGGGACCACGGAUCCCUUCGCAGCCCACCUCUAGCCCUCUCUCCUGACUCUUUUGUUUUUCCUCCUCUCUUUCUGCUUCCUUUUCCCUCGGGUUUUGAAGAGACAAUGCUACUUCAGUUUGGAGCACAAACAUAUGAUCCACACAUGGAAAUGUGGUAAUUUGGAUGUAUUCGUGAUUGCCACAGAUUGAAGAAAUUAGACCAGACAAAGAGUGUUUUGGGAAGAGGAGGAGGCAGAGAGAAGGAGGGCGCCGGGGGUGAGAAAGGAGGACGCCUCUGAACAGGGGAAGCCUGGACGCCCGCCCGCCUGCCUGCUGCUAAAUAUAGCCGUCGGAAUGGAGAGGGACCGGAUCACAGCCUUGAAGAGAUCUUUCGAGGUUGAGGAGGUUGAGCCGCCCAACUCCACCCCGACCCGGAGAGUCCAGACUCCGCUGCUCCGCACCACCGUGGCCAGCUCCACCCAGAAAUUCCAGGAGCUGGGUGUGAAGAACUCAGAGCCCUCGGCCCGCCAUGUAGACUCCUUAAGCCAGCGCUCCCCGAAACCCUCCCUGCGGAGGGUCGAGCUCUCGGGGCCCAAGGUGGCCGAGCCUGUGUCAAGGCGCACGGAGCUGUCCAUUGACAUCUCCUCUAAGCAGGUGGAAGCCUCAGGUGCCACUGGGGCAGCACGGUUUGGGCUCAAGAGGGCCGAGGGGUUGGGCCACAAGACGCCGGAGCCAACCCCUCGGAGGACGGAGAUCACCAUCGUCAAGCCCCAGGAGUCAGCCCACCGCAGGAUGGAGACCCCGGCCUCCAAGGUUCCCGAGGCACCCAUUGCCCCUACCGCCGACACAGCCCCCAAGAGGGUUGAGAUCCAGGUGCCCAAGCCAGCUGACUCGCCUGCCUGUCCCCUCCCAUCCCAGCCCCUGGAGAAUUCUGAGCCUGCCCCAAUGUCCCAGCUGCACAGCAGGCUGGACGCCAAGCCAACCUUGGCCGAGGCCCUACCCAGGAACCAGGAGGCCACCGAGGCGGCUCCUGGCUGUGUGGGCAACAUGGCUGACACCCCCAGAGACGCCAUGCUCAAGCCGGCACCCGUGUCACGGAAUGAGAAGGCCCCUGCGGACUUUGGCUACGUGGGGAUCGACUCCAUCCUGGAGCAGAUGCGCAGGAAGGCCAUGAAGCAGGGCUUCGAGUUCAACAUCAUGGUGGUUGGGCAGAGUGGCUUGGGGAAGUCCACCUUGAUCAACACCCUCUUCAAGUCCAAAAUCAGCCGGAAGUCGGUGCAGCCCACCUCGGAAGAGCGCAUCCCCAAGACCAUCGAGAUCAAGUCCAUCACCCACGAUAUCGAGGAGAAGGGCGUCCGGAUGAAGCUGACAGUGAUCGACACGCCAGGGUUCGGGGACCACAUCAACAAUGAGAACUGCUGGCAGCCCAUCAUGAAGUUCAUCAACGACCAGUAUGAGAAAUACCUGCAGGAGGAGGUGAACAUCAACCGCAAGAAGCGCAUCCCCGACACGCGCGUGCACUGCUGUCUCUACUUCAUCCCCGCCACCGGCCACUCCCUUAGGCCCCUGGACAUCGAGUUCAUGAAGCGCCUGAGCAAGGUGGUCAACAUUGUCCCUGUCAUUGCCAAGGCCGACACCCUGACACUGGAAGAGAGGGUCUACUUCAAACAGCGGAUCACUGCAGAUCUGCUGUCCAAUGGCAUUGACGUGUACCCCCAGAAGGAGUUUGACGAGGACGCAGAGGACCGGCUGGUGAACGAGAAGUUCCGGGAGAUGAUCCCAUUCGCCGUGGUGGGCAGCGACCAUGAGUAUCAGGUCAACGGCAAGCGGAUCCUCGGCAGGAAGACCAAGUGGGGCACCAUUGAAGUCGAGAACACCACACACUGUGAGUUUGCCUACCUGCGGGACCUCCUCAUCAGGACGCACAUGCAGAACAUCAAGGAUAUCACCAGCAGCAUCCACUUCGAGGCAUACCGCGUUAAGCGGCUCAAUGAGGGCAACAGCGCCAUGGCCAACGGGGUCGAGGAGAAGGAGCCCGAAGCCCAGGAGAUGUAGACGCCCCCCUGCCCUGGACCCUGUCCCCAAGUCUUUCUGUCCCCCAGGCCCACCACCUGCCCAGCCCAUCGUAUUUUAUAUCAUUUUCUCCAUUCAUCACUGUUCUCCGCCCCCUCUCAGGGCUGCCAGGUGACAAGGCACAGCCUCCUGAGUGUUCAUCAGUAGCUCCUGGCUGUCCACGGAGGGGACCUCAGUCUGGGACCCUCUGGCCUUCCGGGGCCCCUUGGGGUCUGACCCCAAACCCCAGCCUGGCUCCCCAAGGGGCCCACAGAGCCGCCCUGUCUGCCCCCUCUGUGGAGCCUCACUCCGGAGCCUCUUCAGGGACCAGGUCCCCUGGGUACAGCGGCCCUGUCACCCCUCUGUCCCUGUGGCCACAGCUCCUGGAGUGGGAGGAUGGAGCCCCUCCUGCCCCUGUGUGGCCUGGGCCAUGACUCAAGAGUCCCCCACCCUGCUCCUGAGCGGGUCCCACAGCCCACGUUGCCAACUGCUUAGACUCAGCCAGGCCACCCGCCCGGAGCCCAUCCUGGAGCAGAAAGUGCCUUUAUCCAGCUGUCCACAUGAGCCAGAGGACUCUCCUAGGUGUCCGCCUGGGCCAGGAUCAGGGACAAAGAGAGGGAGGUGUGACUCACCCCCCAAGCCCUGCACUGACUCACCCCUCCCGGGGGCCUUUGGGUGCCUCUGAUGCAGCGAAACCUGAUGAGGACAGAAGUGCACCCCACCCCUGAAUUCGGGGAAGGCCCGAGCAAAGGGGGGGGUCUGUGAAAGGUGCUGGGGCGCAUGCUGGAGGUCGGUCUGUCUGUCUGGUUUGGCCCGGGUGCCCUGACCCCAGACUCACUGCUCCUGGCUGGGGCUGGCAGGGGGCCAGGAGGGGCCAUCGCCCUCUCGGGUGCCUGGGCCCCUGCACCCCAGAUGCCCUCGUGAAGACCCCUGGGGAGGGAGAGAUGAGGUGGAGGCACACAGACAGAAGAGCAGGGUCCCGCCCUGAGUCCCCAGGAGGAGGCCGUGGGGGCCCGUCCAUCGUACAGCACGGCUGUCACUGCCUCCCGCCUCCCGUUCCCGGGCAGCAGGAGGCGGGGGGGCUGAGCACGGGUGUCCAUGCCUGGGGGUGUCUGGCUGCAGACCCCAGACUGGCCCCAUGCCGAGAAGCACAGCUGCGGGGACAUGGUGUGGACAGACUCAGGUGUGCAGGAGCGAGAGCCACAGCGAGUGAGUCUCCUCCCCGAGGUGUGCAGACCUCAGCAGCCCCUCAGCCCAACAGUUUACUUGCCAACUGCCGACUUGCCAAGUUUUUGCCAAAACCAAGACUGAAGGAAGGAAAUGUCCAGCGGCAGGGUGCAGGACUCGGGAGCCCCAGCCGGGUGGCGCUGGGGUCAGGGGUACAGCAGCGUCCCCAGGGUUGGCUUUGCUUUCCUUCUCUGUAACCAGAUUUUGAAAAGUUCGUUUCACUGGGCUCCGUUCCACAAUGGCCUUUUGCUAUGUGCCUCCUGAGAAAUCCGGCUCUUUUUGUAUAAAUAACAAAGUGUUGAAAUGUAUUUCCUGAAAUAAAUGUUUCAAAUGCAA